AAGUCUGCAGAAGCUUAGAAUUUCAUCCAAUGGAUCAUGAAAAUGUGCAUCAGGUAUAAAAUGCAGGGACAACGACACCUUUAAUCACACAAAUCACCAAACAACUCAGCUGAAAAAAUCAUCUCUACAAGUGCUGUUGAACAAUGGCAAAUGUACUGCCUGUCAAAAUACUUGCCCAGAUCAUCGAGGAAGCAUGGGCCUCUCCUCUUACACCCUUCGAACGUCUCCGAAUGGUGACAUCAUCCCUUCUCGUCAGCAAAUCGUUCGCUUGGGAAUUCACUCGUGUGUACUGCACCGACAUGCACAUCUUCACUCGUUCCCACCUUAACCACGUCAUCAGCCGUAUCCUAUACCGAGACACCGUAGCCUUCCGGUCCGUCGACUCUUCAUUUUCGCCGUCGAAGUCCUGCCGGUCCAUCUCCUUCAUCCUCAAUAUCGAUUUCUUCUACCUCCAUCCCAUAGCGCACCCAGCAUGGGGAGAUAUCCACGAGUUCAUGUCAGUGCUUCAACAUUUACUCCCCAACGUCUCGCGGACAUCGGUGAACUACCACAACUGGUGGUACAACGACGCUCAACUCGCGUGGCUCCAGUUACCGGAACAAAUAACCGAGUUGGAUAUCGUGUAUACACAUAGCACGGUGGUCACACAGGAGAUUCUGGAGAAGGCAAUGUUGGACGUUAUUCCCCCACGGGCCUUUCCCGGAGUCAAAAAAUUGACAAUCUGGGGAGGGAAUCGCGACUUCAACCGCCACAUCGCGCUGGCGUGUUUCAAUGCAUCAAUCCAUGUUAAUGAACUUGGGAGGGACCAACGAACGAUACUUAUUCAAUGAUUAUUUGAAACAACCGAAGACAAACAUCUGGUGGCUCAUGGGGGGGGGAAGGGAGUGGGGCGUAACUGGUAUCACGCGUUCGUGGCGUAUCAUGAAGACAGCGGAAUUGCAUUGUAGUAUAAAUGACAAUGAUGUGAGGUAUAAUUAUAUACAUAUGCAGGCGGACAAACACACACAGAUGAACGAUAUAAAAAACCAAUAAAAGCAAACGGUAAAAUACGACAACAUUCGACGACAAAACAAAGAGUUCCGGACACCAGAACCCCGGAUGACGGAUCAGUUGAGAAAGCCA